AUGGGCAACAUGGCAACAGAGAUCAUUGCCUUUCUCUUGACCCUUUCUGGGUGGAUCCUGGUGUCGUCCACCCUGCCGACAGACUAUUGGAAGGUGUCCUCUGUGGAUGGGACGGUCAUCACCACAGCCACCUUCUGGUCCAACCUGUGGAAAACCUGUGUGACAGAUUCCACUGGUGUGUCAAACUGCAAGGACUUUCCCUCAAUGCUGGCUCUGGAUGCCUAUAUCCAGGUGUGUCGGGGUCUGAUGAUUGCUUCUGUGUGUCUGGGUUUCUUUGGUGCCAUUCUCGCUCUAGUGGGAAUGAAGUGCACGAAAAUAGGAGGUUCAGAGACCACCAAAGCUCGCCUGACCACCCUCUCAGGCUUCCACUUCAUCCUCAGUGGCCUGUGCUGCAUGACCGCCUGCUCCAUAUAUGCUCACAGGAUCACGAGUGACUUCUUUGAUCCUUUCUUUGUUGCUCAGAAGUUUGAGCUGGGAGCAGCUCUCUUCAUCGGCUGGGCUGGAUCUGUGCUGUGUAUCCUGGGAGGACUUAUCUUCUGUCUCUCCCUGUCAGAAGGCUUUAAUAUUAGGCAAUACUCCUACACUGGAGCUGCAACAUUUGUGACAGCACGCAACAAACACAGCAGGACAACCAACAGCGUCCACAAGGAAACAGGGGAGCCAUCAAGGCAGUUUGGAAGGAAUGCCUAUGUUUGA